ACUAAUUUUACAAGAAGAAAACAGAAACUGUCAUCUAUCAAUUAUUCUAGAAACAUACAAUAGAAAAAAGCGGCAAAACGAGAGAGCGAUUCCAUUCCAAUGGCCGCAGCGACGAGUGUGGAGCGAGUUGACUCAGAGAUGACUCGGAUAAUGCUUGGAGUGAACGAGUCAAGUAUGAAAGGAUAUCCAAAUGCUUCAAUUAGUAGCAAAUCAGCCUUUGAAUGGACUCUUAAUAAGAUCAUUCGUUCGAAUACUUCUGGAUUCAAACUUCUUUUUCUUCAUGUUCAAGUUCCUGACGAGGACGGAUGGUCUAACCGCCGGCAAGGAGCAGGAGUCCGAGUGCGAGGGCCUUCAAACCGAUCAGCUGAACCACGUAAACAAUGUUUUGAUGAUGUUGAUAGCAUUUAUGCCUCACCAGAAGAUUUUCGAGAUGCCAAGCGUAAGGACAAGAUUGAAGGAACUCAUCUGCUGGAGUACUUUGUGAAGAGAAGUCACGAUAUAGGGGUUGCUUGUGAAGCAUGGAUUAAGAAAGGCGAUCCAAAAGAAGUGAUCUGCCACGAAGUUAAGAGAGUCAAACCAGAUCUCCUUGUUGUAGGAAACAGGGGUCUUGGUCCAUUCCAGAGGGUCUUUGUGGGAACUGUGAGCGAGUUUUGUGUGAAACAUUGUGAAUGCCCUGUUGUAACGAUCAAACGCAGUGCAGAAGAGACUCCCCAAGACCCUGUAGAUGACUAAUUGUUCGUAUGAUGAGCUGUUAAUAAUGUGUAGUGUUUCAUAUGGAGAUUUGGCUGUGUAGCCUUUGUACGAGAACCACUUUACAUUUUUAUGUCUUCUUUCUUACAAUUUUAAAAGUACCUUACUAAUGGAGCUUUCCUCCAGUAGUUUGUUGAGGUUGGUGUUAUUGGUUCA